GCGUUUCCUGCCAACUGAAGCGGGAAGGCAUGAGAAAAGCAUGGCGUUGCUUGUUGCAUGACAACGAGAGACCUCCGUCAGGUAGACCUUGUGCUGUCAGGAAUGCAAGUAUUUAGGCCACGCCCAUAGCUUACGAUGCGGAUUUGUUUAUCGAGUAUAAUCGCCCCUUAGCCUUACUGUUGUGCUCUGCACCUGCGCACAUUUCACGUAUUUCUAUCAAACUCAAGACAGAGCGCAGCCAUGGUGUACGCGGUCAACAAGCUGUCCACACACUGGGUAGUAUCAGAUCACCGCGCAUCGUCUAAACCUACUUCACCCUCUUCUGCCGCGCUGGACCAAACACGCGUGAGCCUCACACGUCCACACGCGUGUAAGAUGCCCCUCUCCUCUAAAACCCCAACAAUCGCUGCGCAUUCGCGCGCGGCGAGCGGCAUGUCAGCUCCCAAGAAGAGUGUCGGCCUUUUGAGAACGUGUGGGAGCGCGGACGUUUUCGCCUCGUCGAGGCUCUUAGGGGACGAUGACGGAGCGCACGCGCUGCAGGGGAAAGGAGUAUUAAGGAAUUAUCCUGGCUCCGGCGUUCGCCUUCAUGGCAGCGGGGAUAGAGGUCGGGGCCGGGGUCGCGGUACGAUCCUGGCAGCGGGGGCCCCCGUGGCGGCUUCCGCUGCAGCGAGUCCGGGCGCGAGUGCGGAGGCGUGGAAUUCGUCGUCGGGCGGCGGCGAAUUCGACUGCUCUGAGGUCGCUGCUUCCACUGCUACUGCAACGAGCAGUAGCGACUCUACUAACGCGGAUGGCGCAGCGGAGCGCGACAGCGUGACACGGGCGAGGCGCGUGCGGUCCCUGGAAGACGUCAUAGAGAGGACCAUCUUCAAUUUCCGCUUCUUCACGCUCAUGGCCGUGGUCGGCUCGCUCAUCGGCUCGGCGCUCUGCUUCACCAAGGGGUGCAUCUUUGUGGCGCAGUCGAUGAAGGAGUUUGCGCUCUUCUGCUGGAAUGGCGUCGGCACGGGGAAGGUCAUUCUGCUGCUCGUGGAGGCCGUGGACGUGUAUCUGAUCGGCACGGUGAUGCUCAUCUUCGGCAUCGGGCUGUACGAGCUCUUUGUCAACUCGCUCGAAGUGCCCCGCGACACCUCCUCCCUCUCCCCCGAAGCACACGCGGACCUCUCCCAGCGCAUCUGCGGCUCCAGCCUCUUUGGACUCUUCCGCCUCAAGGCGCGCCCCAAGUGGCUGGAGAUCCACUCGCUGGACGAGAUGAAGACGAAGCUGGGCCACGUGAUCGUGAUGAUCCUGCUGGUGGGCAUGUUCGAGAAGAGCAAGAAGGUGCCCGUAUCCUCCGCGCUCGACCUCCUCUUCUUCUCCGCCUCCGUGUGCUUCGCUGCUGGCUGCCUCUUCCUGCUCUCCAAGCUCGUGGGAGGAGGGGCAGGGGGAGGAGGAGCUCAUGGGGGCAAUGGCUCCAGCAGCAACAAUGGGAGAAGUCACAGUAGCAGAAAGUAAGCACAGUAACCAUGAUGAUGCUGUUGGGAAGUUAGUGUAUGUGUGCUGGCCUGGAUAUGGGACAAUACAACGAAUGAAGGCUUUGGUUUGGUUGGUACUAGUAUGGUUGUUUGGUUAUUAGAGCUGGGAAUCUGUGGACAUGCUGUUAAAUAAAGGGACCACCCAGCU